AAGUGACACCUGCGCUGAGGCGGCAGUUAAAGCACGAAUCGGCGUGGCCAGCGGCUGUGGGGCCCGGGCGGGAGGCGGGACUUCCGCUCCCUCGGGUUACGUCAUCAGGAGGCGGAAGUGCAGCGGGGGCGGGAAGGUUGUAGAGCUGCACGUUGCGCUAGGUUUGCCUGUCUGGAAGUGGUCGCGCCCCCUUGGAGAGCGCGAUCCCACGGUGAGGCCGUCCCUGGCGCACUCGCGUCCCCGGUGAUUGUAAAGUGCUGACCACUUGCCACUGAACAUAGUUGAAACAGAAAAUAGGAAGAUGGCAGCAAACCCUUCAGGACAAGGUUUUCAAAACAAAAAUAGAGUUGCAAUCUUGGCAGAAUUGGACAAAGAGAAAAGAAAAUUACUAAUGCAGAACCAAUCUUCAACAAAUCAUCCUGGAGCUAGCAUCGCACUUUCGAGACCCUCUCUUAAUAAGGACUUCCGGGAUCACGCUGAGCAGCAGCAUAUUGCCGCCCAGCAGAAGGCAGCGUUGCAGCAUGCACAUGCCCAUUCAUCUGGAUACUUCAUAACUCAAGACUCCGCAUUUGGGAAUCUUAUUCUUCCUGUUUUACCUCGCCUGGACCCAGAAUGAAGAAAUUAUUUGUAAUGACAUUGACUUUGUAAUAUCAAAUGCCAAAGCUACUAUCGUUCAGUGCUAUACAAGCUGUGACUUUCAGAAUCGGUGAACUUAAUACUUUUUACUUCCUUAAAAGAAAGGUAUGUGUAAGUGAAAGCAAAAAAAAAAAAAAAAAGGUAACCAGGAUGAUGAGAGCUUUGGAAGCUGUAUUAUCUAAGGACUGAUUAUGCUACUGUGACUGUAACUUAUUUGUAAUGCAGUUUGAUUUUAAGGCUAAAUCAGACUCUGAAUUAGAUGGUCACAUAAACUCACUCCCCACCCCUAAGCCCCCAAAUAGUUGGACUGAGUACAUCAUGUCCACAAGAGACUUAUAAAAGCCAUUAAUAGUACUUUAAAGAAAUGAGGGUGCUUUUUAAAAUGUGAACCAAAAGGUUUAAAUAAGUUACAUUCAUAUUUGCUGUGCAUAGAAUUGGUAUCAGUGUACCUUUUGAGUUUAUAGUCAACAUGUCAUCCUGAAAUAUUCUUUAACUCAUAACUGUUCCUUAUUUUCAGUUUUAAAAGAAAACCCAAAACUAAGUUGCUAAAUGAAACAUCUUUUAUAAACCUAUGCCACUAUAAAUUAGGUGACAAAAUACUAUUAAAAAUAAAUAUAUGAAAUGUGGUGGUUUUAAAUUUUA